AAAAACUCGAUUUGGCUCUUAACACCCCCUAUCAAGUUUCAUAUUUGAAUUGCCAACUACUAACACUUUGAUUCUGAGCUUUUGAACUGAAAAUGUUGAUUUCAAUUUCCUUAUUACUAACAUUUUGCAAACUUUCUCUUGCUCAACAAGUUAUCCCACUAAACACAUUAAUUGGAAACAAUUUUGAAAAUAAAAUCGAUGUAACUCCACCGUUUUCACUAUAUGUUUCUGCUCAAAUGGACUCGGACUUUAAUUUGAACAAUAUUUACGUGAAAACAAUGGACAAUCAGAUUAAGAGCCUGAAAGACCUGAGACACUCAAGGCAACAUGCUGAAUCUGGUCCGAUUAGUCCAUUUCAAGCCACUUCUCAAACGCUUAUUACAACUAAUUUGAGUAAUGGCACGCUGGCUUUAAUGAAUGGGUUCAUAUACGUUACAACUUCCAAGCAAUCAACAGAUCAAUCAUUCCGAGUCUACAGCGUGGAUAACAUUAACACAAUUAAAAUUAAUGGAAACGUGGAUGGAAAUUGCACAAUUGUUUUUCUGAACACUGAUAGUCGAAUCUUACCUGCACAUAGUUCCUUAUUCACAAAAUGGCAACAGCCUCGAGAUGCCACUGUUAAAAUGUACAAAGGAUACCCGACGGACGUGCUUGAAAAAAAUUCAACUCAAAUUUUUUCAAAUCCAGUACUAGCCACCGGGAAAUUAUUAUAUAUACCAACCGUCGAAACGUUCGCAGUUACCCUUGGUAUAUUCUACAUGAAAACCACCAAUGAUGUCUACUUUCAAGUUGAUUCAAGGAAUAUUGAUUUUAAUGGCUACAGCACACAAAAUUAUCAAACUACCGGAUUUUUCAUGAAAUCUAAAGAAGUUGUCGGGCACAAUGUGACGAUCAACUGCCUUCGCGACACCCGCUUCAAUGGAACAACUGGUGCAAAUAUAAUGGGCUACAUGCCAACUAAAUAUGGAAAAGUUACGGUACAAACCAAUGACAAUACAUUUGCUGACUCUUUUACCGUCACCCCAGUUGAUGGAAUCCUCGGCGGCAGCGUUGACAAAAUCGGUAAAAAUAUGACAAUAUCGUCGGUGGAUACUGACGGUGGAGAGUUUUUCGUGCAGUAUUAUGUUGUGCAGGGAGAACAAAUUUCGUCAACUUAUGCUCCCGGAGAGCCCACACCUCCAACCUAUGAGUCGACAACUAAGGGUGUUAAAAAUUCGAAGUUAAUGCUUGUUGUUGGUAUUUUGUUCCUAUCAAUUUUAUCUCUUUAAAUUUCAUUUUUGUUUCAAUGAAACGUACUGCAUCUUUGUACAAUUUUUCUUCACAUUUCUGAUC